AUGAAUCAACCUUCCAUGAGUAUAAAGUAUUGUAACUACGAACCGGAAAACUGUUUCUGGGAAAGUGAAGAGUAUAGCAAAUCGUAUUUUGAAACUAAAAAGAACAAGUAUAUUAAAUAUCAUGACAGUUCUGGAAUUUUAAAGUAUCUGUUCUUUUACUGGGUCAACAAAUGGGCCCUAGUACUCUCAAAAAAGUACCUAGAGCCGUACAAGCUACACCCGCUGCCUGUGUCAGACCAAAUAUUAGUCUGGGAACCAGUAUUUUCGAAGCAUAUCAGCGACGGAAUAAUAAGGCUGGAAUCAUACGAACAAGAUAAGGCGAGAUCGAAAGACAAACUCAAAAGGCCGUACAAGUCGAUACUGUUUCACGCCCUGCUGAUGACAUUCUGGAAAAAAUUUCUUGUUUUGACGUUUGGCUUGAUAUGCACAAACGUCAUGACGAUGAGUAUCGCAAUCCUGGUCAAGAGCCUACUGGGACUCCUGAACGACAAAUCUAUCAGCUUCACAAGAACGUUUUUCUUGUUACUAGUCAUAAUACUGUUUCAAGUAUUAGAUGGGCUGAUAAUGGAAAACAUAUCGUUCUACAUGUAUAGAAUCAUCGCAACGAUACACGGCUUGUUCAUGAUAAGCGUGUUUAGGCACGGGAUGUGUCACCGGAGGAAGUUUGCAAAUAACAUAGAAGGCAUCAACUCCUUGAAUGUGUGCAACGAGGUUCUCCAUAGUUGCUCACCGGACUCUGAGUGCUCUAAAAACCCAUUGUUCUGCCAGGCAUUACGUUAUCAAAACAAGGAUGUUAACCCACAAAUGUUCAAUUUCGUCUUUAAUGACUCGUACUACAUCUCGAUGUCCCUGGAGCCGAUAAAAUUUAUAAUAGAGUUUGUGGCAAACUUCAUAUACGGGAUAUUCCUCAUAUCAGUGCAAAUGAAGGUCAAUAUAUGGGUGUUAUACGUGGUAGGAGUGCUCUUCGUGGUUCUCAUAGUAACAGUCGAGAUUGUUAACACAAUUCUGCUAAAAUUUAUGCUACACCUCAGAGAUUGUAGGAUAUCUAAGUCAAACCAUAUCAUAAUGGGACUGUCACUGGUAAAAAAGGUUAUGUACGACGAUAUCGCAACAAACAUUAUUACAAAAAGUAGAAACAAGGAACUCUCAAUUUUAUUCAUAAGGAUUUCAAUGCUGUUUUUCAACCUGGUGCUGUAUUCAUUUUGCAUUAACACGUCGUUCUACAUAAUUAAGCACCACUUUGUAGAAUUGGUUAGAAAAGCAUCUGUAGUCACUGAUAUAGAUACUACAGCAUUCAUGACCACCUUCUACAUAUUUCUAAGGAUUGUCACCUCCAUGUUUUUGAUACCGAGCUCAGUAAAGGCAAUCGGAGUGGCGUACAUAUCAUUCAAAAGGGCGGAUGAAUGCUUCAGAGACUCUUCCCCUAAUUUUUAUAUCAGUGAUAACAAAUACACGGGUUCAGUGAAAACAUCCACAAACAUAGUUCCGAUAACAACUCAACUUCCUAAGGAUGUUGUUGUUUAUUAUAAGGAUGCCACAUUCACAUGGGUCAACACACGCAAUGACCUGCUCAAUAAAAAUUAUGACACAUAUUUAAAAAAUAUAAACUUUGAGUUAAAACGUGGCGAGAUGGUUAUUGUUACAGGUUCUCAAGGUUCUGGCAAAUCAAAUUUUAUCAAAUCAAUGCUUGGUGAGAUGACUCUGGUCGGUGGAUCUAUGGCAAUUGUACCACUACACACAUCAAUGCCCAUAUUUUAUGCUUCACAAGAUAUUUGGUUACAGCACGGCACCAUCAGGUCAAAUAUCACGUUCGGAUAUAAGUUUGACGAGCAUCUGUACAACACCGUGCUUAAGGCUGUGGAACUUGAAUUUGACAUAUCAACCUGGGAUAAGGGUGACCUCAGAGUAGUGUCAGAUAAUGCCCAUUCACUCAGUGGAGGUCAACGUGUAAGAAUGGAGUUGGCUCGUGCAGUGUACGCUUAUAUGGUAUUCCAUCAGGUAAACAAGGAGUAUAACAACAGCCAAUGUUCGUUCUUGAUGUGUUUGGAUGCCUCGUUCCAUGGUUUGGACCCAUAUGUGUCCAAAACUAUAUUCAAUAACCUGUUUAAUGUAAAAACUGGGCUAUUGGUUAAGAAUGAUUUAAGUGUUGUUUUAACAUCGUCGAAACAGGGUCUUCAAACAUGUCUGAAUCCAUCCGAUGCCAAUCAAUUCCAUAACUUGCCAAUUUUUAACGUUAAAAACAAGGAAUUGAAGUUCUGUAGUAACUUGCACGACUUUAUGAAGAACAAUAAAGUAGAAAGUGAAGAUUACAAAUACAUAUCGACUAGCGACGGUGUCCCAUAUAACAUGAGUUAUAUAAGCAAUGAUAAAUUGGCACUAUGCUCCUCUGAUGAUAACACGAGAGAAGGUAGAACGGAAGUAACAAAAGCAAUCUACAGCAAGCUGUUCAACCUAAGAUCAACCAAUCAACUGUCAGACGUAACUUUGAGUACGUAUUUCGUGUUCAUGAAACCAGCACUGGUUACAUUCAUGAUAUUCAUAGUCCUAAACGUCGUGGCGACAAUUUUGGAUAGCGUAAAACUUGUCCUCUCAACGAACCUGUCAGAAUACAUAACCAAAAGGAUAAACCAGUAUAAGCAAGGAGAGCUGGUGAAUUUGUACGAAAUAAAGUCAAGAGCAAACAUAUCGUAUCAAAUAGUAUACAUCCUUAUAAUAAUAAUAAUCGUAACGUCAACAAUAUCAAUAGCCAUGUUCUCAAUAUCAUGCAUAAAGUCGUCUAGGAAGCUGCACGAGUACGUACUCGAUUCAAUAUUUAAAAACAGCGCAGCAAUAAUAAAGGUGAAAAGACAAAUAAGUCAAAUAAUCACGUACCUAUCAUGCGAUACCACAAUGAUCGACGACGGCAUAGGAAUGUUUCUGUCAUUGGUUUUGAUACACCUCAUACAAAUGCUGAUACACCUAGUAACACUGAUCUGGCUAGUGCCGGUUUCCCUGCCAGCUGUCUUUAUAACGCUGCUCAUAAUAUACAUUUUUGUUCUAAAGAGAUACGUAGACUCCUCAAAGAGCAUACACCUAGUGUAUUUAGAAUCAUCCUCACGAAUCAACGCAGGAUGCGAAAAUGCGAUUUCAGGCUCAUCGAUAUACAGAAGCUUUAAAAUGGAGUCAGAACUUAUGACAAAAAUCAUAGAGCACUCGGAGUACAAAUCUAGAACAAGAUUCAUGUACAGAUCAGUGUUAACAUGGUCAGCAGUGUCGUUUAAUUGGAUAUUCUCAGUGACAACACUGUUGAUACUUAUCAUACCAAUACUGCUGGACAGAUGCACAGAUUACGAUAUGAAUGUGGGCUAUUUCGGAUUGUCUCUGUCGCUGUGCAUGAGCAUUACGAAAUCGUACUCGAAAUUUUCAUCAAAUUUUUCAUUGCUAGAAAUGUUUAUGUGCUCCAUCAGAAGGUUCGAAUGUUUCAUACCCCCAGGUGAUAAGUUAAAAUUUAAAAAGUGCCAUAACACCCAUGAAGAACAUGUAGCUAACCCGGUUAGUAUCAACCUCACUAACGAAGACAAGACCCGCUUAUUAAGAAGGAGAUCUAUUGAAUUUAAAGAUGAAAACAAAAAAUUCUAUGCUUUGAGAAGACUGUUCUACCAUCCUAAACUACACAUCAUGGAUGUCAACGAUUACCUAAACCCCGAUCGCACAGGUGUCCAGCUAAAAGACGUGUGUGUGUACACAACACCUCAACACAACCCAGAGAGUAUGAUUCUAAAGCACAUAACAGUGCCAGCUGGUAAAUCUGAAAUCAUUGGUAUAGUGGGUAGAACGGGUGCUGGUAAAACGACGCUGUUGUCAGUGUUACAGAACAUAUCCACUAAUAGAACUGGACAAGUACUGUUGGAUGGUAAAGAUUUGAAUGAUAUCCCCAAGGUUGUCCUUCGACAGAUUAUAGGUGUGUUGCCACAACUGCCAUUUGUGUUCAAGGGUUGGACUAUUAGGAGGUUCCUUGAUCCGAGAAAGCUGUUUAGUGACGACGAGAUCAACCAGGCUUUGAGUAAAUGUGGUUUACUCAAUUUUGUUAACGAGCUUCCUGGAUCUAAGAAGCUGGAUAGUGUAAUAUUACAAGAUGAAGUUGCUUCAAAUAAUGCUAAACAAAAUUUAUCAAAUCUCCAAGUAAAUAAAUCAUAUGAAAAGACAGUUAAUACAGAAUAUAAUAAGCACGGUUAUGUUAGUGAUAUGUUACUAUCCAAUACUCAACUAAGAACCCUGUCAUUGGCAAGAUUGGUAUUGUACAAGCACUUCUUUAGGCUUAUUGUAGUUGAUGAGCCUCCUGAGGAAGAUCCCGAAACAGCCAGUAUCAGAAAAAAUGACCUUUCAGUUCCGAUUUAUGAUAUUUUACAGAAACAUUUUAGUCAUUGUACCACGUUUGUCACAGCACAUGAUGUUAACGUAUUAAAAUCUUGUACCUCUGUAUGGGUGAUACAUGAGGGGUGUGUAGUAAAAACUUGUAAAGCCAGUGAUGUAUCAGCAAAUGAGUCAAUAGCAGCGAUCAUUGAAGAAAGUGUAAAAUAUUCAAAAUAG